GUCUAAUAAAAUUAAAAUUAUGAAAUACACCUUGCCAUAAACAGAAUAUUUAUGAUGUGCUCAUGAAUUUAUGAAUUAGUGGUUAUAAGUUUAUAAUUUAUAGUAAUAAACUAAUAGUUCUGUGGAUAUAAUAUCCGUGCCAUAGAAAAGAAUAACUGUGUUUGAUCCGUGCUUUUUUUACUUUUGGUGUUUUGGUGUAUUUCUGUUAUCUAUAUUAUUCUGUGAUAAUAUGAUGGUUUAAUUGGUAUAUUGGCGAUUUAGAUAGAGCCGGCCGGGCAGUGUGUUAUUACUGUUAUUAGUAUUAUUUAAGAACACCCGAACACCGAUCCUAUUUUUUUGUUGAAGUAAAAAAAUUGUUUUUAUAUUUUCGAUAAUCAUGUCUGUUAUGCUGGGUACUAUAGACGAACAUUCUACCACCGAAUCUUUUACUCUUACUAGUCGUUUUUUUCCAUCCAAAGUUGGCGGUAAACCAGCUUGGUUAGAUUUGAAACAUAUUCCAGAAGCAAGCGAGCUGGCCUGUUCAAAGUGUAAUAUUCCUCUAGUUUUUUUGUGUCAGUUGUAUGCACCAAUUGAUGAACCCGAGUUUCACGGUUCUUGUUUCCAUCGAACUUUGUAUGUGUUUUAUUGCAAUGAAUGCAAAGACGGAAGAACGUUUGCAGUUUUCAGAUCACAGCUUCGUAAAAAUAAUGAUUACUAUUCAAGUGAACCAGCUGAACCCAAUGAUCCAGAUAUUACACCUGAUAUGUGGGGAAUAAAAUUAUGUAAAGUAUGCGGUUGCAAGUCUACGGUUGAUUAUGAAAAUAUCUAUUGCAGUUUACAUCAUAAAAAUAUUGAUUUAAAUAAAGAACUUAAAGACAAAUUCAUUGUGGUGUUACCAGAAUAUAUUAUUAAUGAAGAGUCAGAUGAAAGUUCUGAAAAUGCAUCAUUGAAUAGUGAGGAUGACGAAAGUGAUUGUAGUAAAAAUAGUGAUGAAGCUCAAAUUCCAAAAGGUUCUCUUCAAGAUAUGGAUGGUUUAGAUGAAGCUUUGUUAGAAAUGGCUUAUGGUGGUGACAAAGAUGAUGAAUAUUUUGAAAAGUUUAAAAAAUCUAUAUCUUCAGUUCCCGAACAAAUUAUUAGGUACAACCGCUUAGAGUCACCAUUGUGGAUCUGUACUAAACGUAUUCCUGAGCCUAAUGACAUUCCAUCUUGCCAAUUUUGUGGCAAACAAAGAAGUUUUGAAUUUCAAAUAAUGCCGCAAAUUUUGUACUAUUUAAAAUUGCCAGAAUCUUCAACCAAGGAAUCAUUUAACUUCGGUGUUUUAGCUGUCUAUACUUGUCCUGAAAGUUGUGAGGCUGGUCAAAAAUAUAAAAAAGAAUUUUUGUGGGAACAGAGUCCAAUAUGAUGAAAUAAACAUUAUGUAAAUUAACAGAUAUUAUUUUCUUUACAUUGCCUGAUAAUAUGUAUGAUGAAACACUACAUUCAUAAAUACAUUAAGAACUUGAAUUU